AGGAAAGUUUACGUCAGUUUCACCCAUGUCGCCGCUAAGAAAAGAAUACAGUUUUACCAGAGUGAUAUCGUUGCCGAUAUGAGUGUUUAACUGCACCGCCCACGCGCCUUGCGCGCAGUACAACAUAAUAAUGAUGGCGUUUUCGUUAAGUACCUUGGUGACUUCACCAGCUAGUUACAGAUCACAAAGUAGUAGAUCGAACCUCUAUCAUGAUGGAGUGCAACUGGAAUUCAUCCAGCCUCCCAUGGCUCGCCAGGGAUGAGCAGGAUUUUCCCUUAGGGGCCAAAGAUGCAUCUUACCUGCCUUCUGCCACAAACAUUGGAUUGAACCAUGAUGUCGCAGACCUACCUGAUUGGAUGGAAAGUCGUGACAUCAUGGUACACCCUGAUGAUAUUCUCUCCAUCGUCCCUAGACAUCCUGAACAGAUGGAAGUUGAUUGCGGUUCUCAAGGUUUUGGUGGAUAUCUUGAUACAGAUGAAGAUUAUGGUCUAAGUAUUAAUCCAGAUGACAUGUUAGUACCCCUGUCAGAACUUCAGCCUGAGAAAUGUCUCUCCCAGAACACCAUCUUGCCAGCAGCCUCUGCUUCAAAAGUUUCAGUGCGUGUAAGUAAGGUUAGAGUACCAAAAAUUUCUGUAGAACAUUCAGGAAUCCAGAAUACUACUGAGAUGAUGGCUUUGCAGCCUUACAGGCCUACCAGUGUCCAAAGCACUGGUUUAGUUGAACAAAUUGAUGAUCUGCAAAAUUACAAUGCAGAUGAACUUCUAGACGAAUUAGUCAGUCUCGCAAAUCGUGAGCCCAAUCACCUUGCUAGCUUGAUUGAAUCUUUAGAUUCAUCAUUAGUUCAAGCAGGAAUGGAGGAAUUGUUGUCACAGUUGAAUGCUAAUAGUGCUAAUCAGGAAAUGCCAGCUCCCCUGUCACCUGUUUGCAUCCCAUCUCCAGUUCCAUCAGUAGGAAGUUUAUCUCCUCAGUCUACUGUUGAUUAUUCAUUCCAUCAGUUAGUAUCUCCAGUGUAUUAUGGUAAUGAAGUUACCUGCAAAUCUGAGAAAGUUACAGUAGUUUCUUCUCCCUCACCUGUCUCACACACUGAUUAUGGCUCAUCAGUAUCAUCAUCUGAUAUAGAAGAGACUUUGUCUAUUGCAUCUCCAGCCAUUGAAGACAACUUGUCUAUUGCAUCUCCAGCUAUUGAAGACAACUUGUCUAUUGCAUCUCCAGCUAUUGAAGACAACUUGUCUAUUGCAUCUCCAGCUUUUGAAGUCAACUUGUCAGUUGCAUCCUUUGUUAAAGAUGAAGAAGAAGUAGAAGUAGAGUGUGACUACAUUGAGACUGCAAUGCACACCUAUUCUCGCUCCCCACGUAAGAUUAGAUCUAAACGCAAAAGUUCGGCUGGUUCUGCAUAUCCUGAGAGUAGGAAGGAGCGAAAGAAAGAACAAAACAAACAGGCUGCCCUUCGUUAUCGCCAAAAAAAGAAACAGGAAGACGAUGAGUUAAUGACAAAAAUUCAUGCAGAAGAGGAGAGACAAAAACAGCUUAAGAAAAAAUGUUCCAAUCUGAAGCAAGAGCUUACUUAUUUGAAGAAGAUAAUGAGGGAAGUGCUCAUAGCUAAAGGCACUCUUUCUCCUGAAGCUUUCAAGAAGUAGAUACGUAGAGUGGCAGAAGUAUAAUUCUUUUCCAUGUUUGUAGGCAAGAUGUUGCUUUGGCCCCUUUAUGUGCACUUAACUUAAGA